UUACAGUCUACUUCCGUUUGCUAGUACGACGUCUGUUCUGUUUUGUUGUGAAAUCCAGUACUAUUUUGUUUUUGUGAAAAUAGUGUAGAUUUCUUCUUCUGAAACUAGCAAACCGAUUGUAAAGUUGACAUAUGCUUUUGACUGUUAAUUAUUGUAUGCCUAACGUUACAUAGUGUUGUUUUAUUUGUAAAAUAUGACGAAAAAACGGAAAAAGAUUAUACCAAAACGACGAGUCACAAAAGACAUUGGGUCGACGGGUAUAGGAGAGCCUAGUCUCUAUCAUGCACUUAUAGUUAUUUUCCUGGAGUUUUUCGCAUGGGGCCUUCUUACAAGUCCAAUGCUUAAAGUUUUGCAUAGUACCUUCCCUGAGAAGACUUUUCUUAUGAAUGGUAUGAUCCAAGGUGUUAAGGGAAUUCUGGCAUUCAUGAGUGCUCCUUUACUGGGGGCAUUAUCUGAUGUCUGGGGACGCAAAUCAUUCCUUUUACUAACAGUAUUUUUUACUUGUGUACCCAUUCCAUUGAUGAGAGUUAGUCCUUGGUGGUUUUUCGCAGUGCUGUCCAUAUCUGGCGUGUUUGCGGUAACCUUCUCCAUAGUAUUUGCAUAUGUAGCUGACAUCACUGAUGAAGCAGAUCGAAGCUCUGCCUAUGGUUUGGUCUCAGCUACAUUUGCAGCAAGCCUCAUAACCAGUCCUGCCUUGGGAGCCUACCUUGGAAGCCAAUAUAGUGAUAAUUUUGUAAUUUUUUUAGCGACUGCAAUAGCACUUUGUGAUGUUCUUUUCAUCUUGGUUGCUGUGCCAGAGUCUUUACCGGAAAAGAUUCGACCGGCAUUAUGGGGUUCGGCAAUAACUUGGGAACAGGCUGAUCCAUUUAUGUCAUUGCGGAAAGUAGGUGCUGAUCAGACUGUUUUGAUAUUAUGCGUGACAAUAUUUUUAUCGUAUUUACCUGAAGCUGGACAGUAUUCCUGCAUGUUUUUGUACUUAAAAGCAGUAAGUAUAAGCCUUCUUCACAUCAUGCUUUUGUUGUUGCUGCACUUGCGUAUGGCGCAGCAUAUAAGGUGUUGGACUUCUGGUCGGGAGUUUGAGACCAACGUUUGUUGCUUUGUUUGUGUCCUUUGGCAAGACACUUAUGUUUGCCUUUCUUCACCCAGGAGUAUAAAUGGUGGGUGGGGGUCAUGCUGUUAACCUGCUCCUCGGUGACCCUGUGAGGACUGUUCCAGUCAAUUAAUAACAGCAACUAGAAUCGAUUAUACGCGAUUAUUCACUAAAAAAGAACCUGCAUUGAAAACUCCUAUGAUUCAUACAAACGUACGAAUAAUCAAAGAGUAGACAGGGCAAGAGAUGGUAGUCCUGUUCAUAAAAAAAAUAUGUUACUUCCCAAGUUACUAUGGAAAUCGCCGUGCUAGUCAUGGAGUGCACCCACUAUGUAUAAGCUUGCAGGAAGUACGCCCUUCAGAUACAGAUAAACUUUAUUUCAUCCUUUUCAUCGGAAAUUACAUGGUCGAAAAGAUGUUUCUCAUUCCCAAAGACAUGAUACAAAUAUUCUUUGUUUUUAAUACAAUUUAAACUUUAAUAUCCAUAAUUCUAGAAUUCGAGAGUCUGUCUUUGAAGAUUUGCAAUAAAGUUCUGGAUUACUCUAGGAAUGAAAGAAUCUCGAUAA